UCUCUGUCUCUCUCUCUGCAGGUGACAGAGUGAAUAAGAGCGGAGGGCAGUAGAGGUCUCGCACUUCCUCCUGUCUAGACGGUUCUGUCAUGGCCUCCUCGUUGAUUAGCCGUCAGUUUGCUCUCUCUCUGCAGAAGAACCUGCGUCUCAGUGCUCCAGGGUGUAGAUAUGUCAGUAAGGCAGCACCAAAGACCCAGGUGGAGUUUGACUACGAUGGACCCUCCAUGAAAACUUCAGUCCCUGGACCCCGAUCAGAAGAGCUGACGAAACAACUUGGACACAUCCAGAAUGUUGGUGCAAUCAACUUCUUCUGUAACUACGAGGAGAGCAGGGGGAACUAUCUGGUGGAUGUGGACGGCAACCGCAUGCUUGAUAUCUACACUCAGAUCUCCUCCAUCCCUAUUGGCUACAACCACCCCGACCUCCUCAAACUGAUGUCCGACCCCAACAAUCUGAGCACGCUCGUGAACCGACCCGCCCUAGGUAUCCUGCCGCCGGAGAACUUUCCAGAGAAACUAACCGAAAGCCUCGUCUCAGUGGCCCCCAGUGGGAUGACUCGAGUUCAGACCAUGGCCUGCGGAUCCUGCUCCAAUGAGAACGCUUACAAAGCAAUGUUCAUCUGGUACAGGAACAAGGAGCGGGGCCACAACAACCCGUCUGAGGAGGACCUCAGCUCCUGCAUUAUCAACCAGUCCCCAGGCUGUCCAGAACUCAGUAUUUUAUCUUUCAUGGGGGGUUUCCAUGGAAGAACCAUGGGUUGCUUGGCAACGACCCACUCCAAAGCAAUCCACAAGCUGGAUGUGCCGUCAUUUGAUUGGCCGAUCGCUCCGUUUCCUAGGCUACAGUACCCGCUGGAGGAAUUUACCAGAGAGAACGCACAGGAAGAGGCUCGCUGUCUGGAGGAGGUGGAGGAUCUGAUCGUGAAGUGGAGGCAGAGGGGGAAGCCUGUGGCUGGAGUUGUGAUCGAACCCAUCCAGGCUGAAGGUGGAGAUAACCACGCCUCCUCGGACUUCUUCAGGGGACUCCGCGACAUCGCACGCAAGCAAGGCUGUGCUUUCCACGUGGAUGAAGUGCAGACAGGGGGGGGGACCACAGGGAAGAUGUGGGCCCAUGAGCAUUGGGGCAUGGAGGACCCAGCUGACAUUGUGUCCUUCAGUAAGAAGCUUCUGACGGGGGGCUUCUACCACAAGGACGAGUUCCAGGCGGAUAAGCCAUACCGUAUAUUUAACACAUGGAUGGGCGACCCUUCCAAGAAUCUGAUCCUGUCUGAGGUUCUCAAUGUGAUCCGCAGAGAGAACCUUCUGGAGGAGGUGACCCGCUCUGGGAAGGCGCUGAUGAACGGCCUCUUUGAGCUACAGGCUCAGUACCCCGGCAUGUUGAGCAGCGCCCGAGGAGUGGGCACCUUCUGUGCCAUAGAUAUCUGUGAUGACGAAACACGUAACCGCAUCCUGAUCACGGCCAGAGACAAAGGUAUCCUCCUUGGGGGGUGUGGGGAUCGAUCGAUCCGUUUCCGUCCAGCGCUGGUUUUCAAGGAGUACCAUGUUCACCUCUUCCUCAACAUCUUCAACGACGUACUGGCCCAGCUCAAGUAAAUCCGGACCCUGAAGGAACCUGACUCGCAGUGCAUGAGCUUGAGUGAAUCCAGAGUGAAGGAAAGGAAACUGCAGACAGUCUGUGUCAUGAUAAGCACACUCCACACAGUAACACACACAAAUAUCCCAUAUAGCCUCUGUUUCCAGGUCCAAUUGGCCAAUCUCUGUAGCCUAAAAUGAUAACGAUCAUAUCCUCCUACUAUAUAUCCAUAAAGAUCACCCCCACCUUUCGGAACAGGUGCCAGCUACUUUUGCAGUAACUGGGAAUUUCACAGAACACAUAGUUUCUGUAAAAUAAAGCUAAAACCCCAAACUGGAGAAUCUUUCUCAUCUGGAUUUAUAACAGACUCUGGAUGAAGGCAUGCCAGAUUGUACAUCAUGUCAAAACAAAGCAGCUUCUGUUUCAUGUCAGAGGUCUUGAGUAAGGCUAUAAAUGUGGGUCUGUUCCUUUAGCAGAUAGCACAGCGUCAGUUAAAUGUAAAUAGUAUAUUGAGGAUCGUACUCACUAAUAAGCUCAGUUGAUGGCUCAGAACAAAGUCUUGCGUUCAGCUUGUUUUAGUGCUCAGAUGCUGGCAUCAUCCUUACAGUGAGUGUGUAUGUUUGUUAAGAAGACAGACGGUCGUCCUGGAUACAGAAUUAUGUGUUAGUAGGAAAUAAUGUAAGAACGCACAAUGAAGAUAAGAUGCCAGCCUGCAUGUCAUAAAAUGAUGUCCAAUAGAAAUGUCCUUGUUAUGAUUCUGUGCUGUUCUUAUUAGGAAUGACUUUUCAGCUUGAAUUGUUGUAGCCCAGAAAAAUGUGAAUCCUAAAUGGACCAUGAAAAAUGUCAUUGUUUAGUGCCUGCAUGUCACUUACAUUUGCUAAUAAUGUUUUUCAAAUUAUUUGUAUUGGCUCAAAUGAGAGCAGCCAUUGGUAACCCUAAAUAACCUAAAAUGUACACAUUCACUUUACUCCUGAAAAAAGCUUCAUAUUUUACAUCUAUUCAUGAAAACAUUGGCUCUUUACUGUCACUUGGUUAUAACUGAAUUAUUAUUAAAUUAAGCAUAUACUAAAAGUGAUUAUUUUUUGUUUGCAUCAAGCAGUUUCUGUGCUGUUAAAUGCUGUUUGUCAUGUAGACUACAAAGGCAAGGCAAGGCAAGUUUAUUUAUAUAGCACCUUUCAACACAAGGCAAUUCAAAGUGCUUUACAAAAAUGGAAGACAUUAUGAAAAUGGCAUUUAAAAUCAGUCAUUAAAAAGGAAAGAUAAUAAAAUAAACAUUAAAAGAAAAAAUACAUGGAUAAAAGUUACAGUGCAGUUUAAGAUGUGAAUAGUUCAAUUAAAAGCAGCGGCAAAAAGAAAAGUCUUCAGCCUGGAUUUAAAAGUAGUAAGAGUUGCAGCGGACCUGCAGGUUUCUGGGAGUUUGUUCCAGAUAUUUGGAGCAUAAUAACUGAAUGCUGCUUUACCAUGUUUAUUUCUGACUCUGGGGACAGAAAGCUGACCAGUCCCCUAAGGACAAAACACAUGCAUAACCAAAAGCACACACAUUAGGGAAUGCUUACCAAAUCCAAAAUCACUACAGAUUGAAAAACAUGUAAAUUAAAAAAUUAUCCCCAAAGCAAAACAUUGACAAAUAUUAAUUUCAAAGGUAAAAACACACGUUAUGGACUUAUUAUUAUUAAUGUAAACUUACAAGCACUAAUGCCUUUUUUACAUGACCUUUAAAGUAGUCCUGCUAUUCUUUUAUUCUGGUACUAUUAUGGCGCAUUUCCACUGCAGCGCGUAGCACGUGCCAAACCCGUCCCGUGACUGUAUUCGCCAGUCUGUGGUUUGUACUUGUUUAACUUUUGUCUAGUUUCUGAACAGAUAUGAGGAGCUGUGAGCUCUGAGUGCUAACAGCUAACGGCUGAUGUUUGGUUUUGUGGUUCGCAUUGAAGAUGAAGUCACAGCUCCGCCUACACUGCGUUACUAUAGAUACUACCCCAGCUACUAAACUGUAAUGGAAACGCAGCAUAAAGUGAGCCUGGCCUACCAAGGCCUAACUAUACCGUACUAAGCCGUGCGAGGCCCUGCAGUGGAAAUGCGCCAUUAGACACUAUAGCUUUAUCAGGAGACAAUAUUUUUUCUGCUAAAUCAGAUGCGACUGGAUUUCAAAUAGAUUCUCCAGAUCAAACUGGUGGUGGUGGGGGGGGGGGGGACAAUUUUCAAUUGAAAGUUGUCUACCCCGUGUCGAACAGCCUUAUUCAAUUACAAACUCACUUCAGAUUAGGCUUUGAAUACAUUUCUAAUAAAACACAAAUGAUAAACCUUUGUGUCCAGGUAAGAUUUCCAGUCUGGCAUCUUCUUGGUCUCAUAGCUGUAAAAAACCACAGGUACUUAGUAAGGCAAGGCAAGGCAAGGCAAGUUUAUUUAUAUAGCACCUUUCAACACAAGGGAAUUCAAAGUGCUUUACAAAAAUGGAAGACAUUAAGAAAAUGGCAUUUAAAAUCAGUCAUUAAAAAUAAAAGAUAAUAAAAUAAACAUUAAAAGAAAAAAUACAUGGAUAAAAGUUACAGUGCAGUUUAAGAUAUGAAUAGUUCAAUUAAAAGCAGCAGCAAAAAGAAAGUGCAGUUGUACUCUGUGUUGUCAGCCCCACAGCCAAUAGAGGCAACAAUGAGUCCAUCCCAAAAGAAGACAAAAGUUACUUUAAGUACAGGUCCAUUAAAUAAACACAUUAUAUCCUAGGCAAUACAAAAACGUAGAGCAUAAGGUCUAACAACCUAACCCUUGUUGAGUUUCCCUUUUUUAUUUUCUAACUGCUCAAACUGUUUGCUUCUGUAAACACUUCUGAGCUUCACCAGUCUCUGUGAAUGUUCCAUGGAGCAUGUUACAAAUGUGUAGCAAUUUAGUGCAGGGUCAUUACUUCCUGUCUCAUUUAGAACUUUCUACAAUCAUAAAUAAAUACAUAUAUAUAUAUGUAUGUCGGUCUUUUAAGACCAUAAGGAUGGUGUUGAUGGCAGCGGCUGUCUAGUAUUCCAUGAACAACUUCUUUAAACAUGUCUGCAUUAACCAUUUACACUUUGAUCUGAGAUAGAUGAUUAUUGAUGUAAUUAUGUUUGAUGGCUCUAACUGUUGUUGCCUCUAUAAUAUACUUUUAAUUUACUGUGAUAAAUAAAUGAUGUUUUGAAUAACUUA